AUGGGUGACGAUAUUCCGGUGAAGGUCUUUGUUCGCGCAAGACCUUUCAGUGACAAGGAAAAACUUGAGAACGCUCGAGAGUGUUUGCAGAUUUUCGUCGAGUCAAAUCAGAUCACAUGCAAUGGCCGGGCUUUCACGUUCGAUGGUGUGCUGGAUCCUUCAACUCCACAAGAUACUGCUUAUGAUGUGACAACUUCCUUUCUUCUCGAGCAGUUCUUCAAAGGUUUCAAUUGCACUGUGUUGGCAUAUGGUCAAACAGGAAGUGGUAAAACGUUCACAAUGGGAACGGAGGAGACCACAGCCAGCAUGAAAAGCGAGACUAGAGGCAUUAUUCCCCGUCUAGUUGAUGCGAUAUUCCGACAGAUCGGCGAAGCUGGUCUUGAAAUGUGUUUUAGGGUGUUAGUGUCAAUGCUCGAAAUAUACGACGAAAAGGUGCAUGAUUUGCUAUGCGGAGGAAGAGAGCCUCUUCAAGUUCGAGAACAAGAUGGACACGUUUUCGUACAAGGGCUAUCGAAGAACCAGGUUCACAAUUUGAAGGAGACUAUGGCACAACUUGAAAAGGGUGGAUCUCUGAGGAGUAAAGGGCAGACAGCAAUGAAUGCUCAGAGUAGUAGAUCACACGCCAUAUUUACUAUUUCGUUGGAGAAGACGGCAGCCGGAGAAGAGGAUACUGGUUUUACCGCAAAAUUGCACCUUGUGGAUCUUGCUGGAUCAGAACGUUUGAAAAAGACACAAGCCGAAGGAACACGCAAGAUGGAAGGUAUACGGAUUAAUGAAGAUUCUCUUGGAGGCAACUCGUACACUGUCAUGAUAGCAUGUGUUUCUCCGGCCGAUUCUAAUGCUGAGGAGACUCUGAGUACAUUAAGGUAUGCAGAUCGGGCUAAAAAGAUCAAAAACAAGCCAGUUGUUAACAUCGACGCUGGCCAGCAAAAGAUUCUUGAGCUUAAGGAGAAGGUUGCUACCCUCGAAAGGCAACUGGCUGAAGCUCGUAUGGGUUUUACACCAGGUGGAGAAACGAGCUCGUUGGAAAUUGCGCAAUUGAAGGCAAGCUUGGCUGAGAAGGAAGAGCUUCUAAAAUAUGUACAUGAGAAAACAGCUGAUAUUAUUUGCCAAAAGACAAAACUCUGUAAUCAGUUGCAACACCUCGAAAUGGAACGUGAAAAGCUCAAAUCGAUUGUGACGCAAGUUCUGGACAUUAUGAGAUUCGUUGAUAAACAAACUAUUCUUGGCAAGGAGCUGGAUGAUGUUAUGCAGCAAAUAAAGGACAAGGAAGAAUUGCUUCAGAAAGCCAUGGAAAGUGAGAAGAAUGUUGAUGAAUUGAUGAAGCAGCACAAGCAAGAAAUGGCAAAUCUUCAACAACGAAUUGAUGCUCUAAUGGCUGAGAAAGCUAAGUUAGAAGCCGAUUUGAGGAAAAUAUCCGUGAACAACAAACUAGCUGAAGAGCAGAAGAGAAAACUAUGGAAAUGGGAGAAACAGCUGGCUCAGUUCAAGAAGCGAAUGAAUGAAAUGAAGAAAUUGGAAAAGCAAAAGCAGCAAAGCGAAGAAAUGCAGAAGCGAAUGCAAGCUGAAAUCGCAGCUCUGAAACAGGCGAAGGUACGAAUGGUGAAACAGCAGAAGGAAGAAGCGGAGAAGUAUCGGCAGUGGAAGCUGAAACAUGAUAGAGAGUUGAUCCAAGAACGUAAAAGAGAUUUUGAAGCAGCUCGUGAAAAAAGGGCACAUGAUCAGCAAAUGCUCGUGUGUAAGCAGAAGCUGGAGGAGGCAAAGAAUGUUUAA